GCAUGACGUCUGAUGUAAAGGAAAACACACAGGAAAAAAAAGAAACACAUUCAGAGGCGAGCUAGCGAGCAAAGUUCGUAAGAUUUGCGGAUGUAUUCGUAAAGAUUCAUGUACUCUAACCACCACCAGAACGGUAGGAUAAACUACAGCUACACACACAACUCCAGGAGUCGUUUUGAGCUGCAGCAUUUUAACACCAAUGAAGACCAAGCUACAAUAAAUAAAAAACUUCCAAAGGAACUGAUAUUGAGAGUAUUUUCAUUUCUGGAUGUAGUCUCGUUAUGUAGAUGUGCUAGAGUUUCAAAGCUAUGGAAUGUGUUAGCUUUAGAUGGGAGCAAUUGGCAGAGGGUGGACCUAUUUGAUUUUCAAACAGACAUAGAGGAAUAUGUAGUUUCAAAUUUAUCAAAGAGAUGUGGUGGAUUUUUAAAGAAGUUGAGUUUACGAGGGUGUAAAAGUGUAGGAGACUAUGCUCUAAGAAUUUUUGCCCAGAAUUGUAGGAACAUAGAGGAUUUAGUUUUAGAAGAUUGUAAAAAAAUAACAGACAGCACAUGCAUUAGUCUAAGCACAUACUGCUCAAGGCUAUCUUUACUUAAUGUUUCAUCCUGUGGCCAAGUCACAGACAACUCUUUAAAUGCUUUGAGUAAGGGCUGUUCUAAGCUUCACCAUCUCAACAUCUCAUGGUGCUGUCAGAUCUCGACUCAGGGCCUCAAGCUAUUGGCCCAGGGAUGUCGGCAACUUAUCACAUUUAUUGCUAAAGGCUGUGCCCUGCUGACAGAUGAGGGUUUGCUGCAUUUAACUAAAAGCUGCACUCAACUGCAAGUUAUCAACAUUCAUAGCUGUGAGAACGUACGUAAUGCAGGCGUAGAGCAAAUUAGCAAGUAUUGUAAGGACCUGCGGUUCCUCUGUGUGUCUGGGUGUAUCCAACUGACGGACGUAGCACUACAACACCUUGGAGCAGGCUGUCCUGAACUCAGGACGCUAGAGGUUGCGCAGUGCUCCCAGUUUACAGAUGCGGGUUUCCAAGCGCUGUGUAGGGGAUGCCAUAACUUGCAAAGGAUGGAUCUGGAGGAAUGCGUCCUUAUCACAGACUCAACCCUAAAUCAUUUGUCGCUUUGGUGUAGCGGACUUCAAAAACUGAGUUUAUCUCACUGCGAGCUGAUCACCGAUGACGGGAUUCAUCAAUUGGGAGCAAGUCCCUGUGCCACCGAGCACCUGGAGUUCCUUGAGUUGGACAACUGUCCCCUCAUCACCGACAACGCCCUCGACUAUCUCGUGCAAUGUCACCAGCUGAAGAGAAUAGAACUUUACGAUUGCCAAUUGAUCACCAGAACCGGUAUACGUAAACUCCAGGCGCAGUUACCUGACGUCAAAGUCCAUGCGUACUUCGCUCCUGUCACCCCUCCCCCCAGCGUAGGCGGAGGGCGCCAACGGAUGUGUCGUUGCUGUGUUGUGCUAUAGCGUCAUGUCAUGUAUAGCUCCAGUUCAUUUAGACUCGUAUCUCGCGUUAGGUAGGUUAGUAAAAUGUACAUAGAUUACUGACAGAUACUGUAGAUACUUCUUGCGGGCAAAUUGUUUCGGAUCGGUAUGAUGUUUAGUAUGACUGGGACGCGCACCCGACACGGUCCCGACACAUUGUUUGUAUGGUCCCGAAAUGCUCACGAGAAUAUUCCGAUGCACCUCGACAAGUCGUUGGUAGCGACACUGCAUUAUUCUCUUACUCGUUUGGAUCUGCACGUCGCUUUUAAAUUAUAAUAUCAAAUAUUUGGGUUAUUAAAUGUCAUUUUAGGGAUGACUAAGUGUCAUCUUAGGGAUGAUUUUUUUUAUGCAAAUUCCUUUUUUUUUCGCAUCCGUUUUUCAAGUGAGAUAGAUAAUUUAUUUAGAUUUAUUUGUAAAUAUUUUAAAUUAAGUAUUUUCCCAACAUCUGUUUUGCCCCCAAUUCAGUGUCCAUAUAAGCCCCAUUACCCUAGGAAGCCAUCGCAAGAGAGUUUUCGAUCUUGUCACGUGAUUGUCGAUCUGUGAUUGGUGGAGAUCCUGCUGGACAGGAAAAGUCACGUUCUCAUGUCUUUCCAACUUUCCCCAGACUUGCUAUACAUCUAACAUGGUAUUUUAUAUUCACUAAUUGAAAUUCAACUAUUAUUGAUAACACGAGGACAUCUUUCCCACAGGAGUUAAUCGUAUAUUCUCACUUGCCUGAUAUUUGCCUUGCCUUCACGCCACGCUUGGAAGCACUGCUUAAUGGUCACGUUAUUUUUCAGUCAUGCGCCUUGUAUGCCUGGUCACGUUCUAACAUCGUCUGGCUGGGUUGCCAAGCUUUUAUUAUUUAUUGGUCGUUAGAUAUUUUUGUGCUUAUCUUUGCAGUCUCAACUAAUCGUGAUUGAAAUCUAAUAUGAUGUACCUUGCAAAGCCAAAAUGUGCAAAGACACAUACUUGCUUUGUUGGUCAGGGAGACUGGAUUUUGUUGUGUAUGUAUAAUAGAUAUAAGGCAGCGCUCUUAAACAAUCCGUCACUGAGAGCGCUUGUUAUUAACAAAGAGUCAUUUUAUUGAUUUGGAGGAGAGAUGAGUUAUGCAAGUUAUGGUAAAUUAAGAAAGGAUUUGAUUCAUGACAUACAAAAUAUUUUUAUAGAAAUUUCUAACCUCUAAAUUGACAAAUUUUUGUUAAUCGUUGUAAUAAGAGUUUUUUUUCGCAUUACAAACCGUUACAUCUGUGCUGUUAUGUAAAGCCCUAAGAUUAUUUUCAGCCUCGUACCCAGUCCCUCAACGCUUGUGCCUGGUAAAGAGAGUGCUGGUGAAGAUUGUGGAGGCUCUUUAACGGAAAUUGGUUUCAUCCCUACUACCUCAAGGGUCUUGCGAAUGAAUGGAGAUGAGGGUAAUUUUCUUCAGGCCUUGUUACCAGUGUUACUUUCGAUCUGGCCGUGUUGCGAGGUGCUGGUACCGAGGUGGCUUAGUUAUUCGGUACAUGUACUGUAUCAAGGGAGCAUAAAUAUUUAUGUUCUCUUGACUGUAUAGUAAGCUGUUAUUGGUAUAUCAAUUGUAAUUUGGAUGUCGUGUUUGAAUAUCAAGUAAUAAAAAAGUUAAUUUACAA